AUGGCCAAGAUGAAGGGCACGAUCAAGGAGGCCGAGAUCACUCUCGCACCAUCGUCGGUGGAUGGCAGUUUGUGGUAUAUCAUGGCCGGCCCCCGACGAGUGGGAAUGGUGGUUUGCUAUGUCGAUGACUUGCUGAUUGUCGGUGAGAAGGAAGCUGCUACGGAGGUGGCGGCCAUGUUCCGUCGCACCUGGAAGUGUACGGAGCCUCAAUGGGAUGAUGUAUCCUUCAACGGUUUCGAGGUGAAGCGGACGGAACAAGGACUCCUGCUGACGCAGAACAGCUACACCAAGGACCUCUUGGAGCGCUAUAAGGACAUGCAGGGCUACGAGGAGGUUCCGGCACCCCUUCAGGUUGCGACGUCCGACUUUGAGCUCCAGGAGAACGAGACUGCCGCGGAGUACGUCAGAGCUGCUCAGGUGAUCGCUGGUGAAGUCCAGUGGCUGGCGGGCAGAUGUCGACCGGAGAUUAUGUAUGCCACCAACCUCCUGUCGCAGGCUAUCUCCAGGAGUCCCAAGGAGGCCGUGUACCGAGGAGGGCACUUGAUCAAGUACCUGAAGAGGUUUCCGGAGGCGGGUCUUUUGUACUCCCGGGUACCUGUGCCCGACAAGGAAGCGCGCCACUCUGGUGACGGUCCCAAGUUGGAAGGGUACAGCGAUGCCAGUUUCGCUCCCAGCUCCGAGCGCAGCCAGCAGUGUGUGCUGAUCUUUGCCCAGGGCGGUUUGGUGGCCUGGUCUUCAUCCCGGCAACCGUUUGUCACAAUGUCUACGGCGGAGAGUGAACUGGUGGCCAUUUGCGAGUUGGUCACGUGCCUCAAGUCUGUGGAGCAACUCAUGGCGGAGAUCGCACUUGGAGAUGCUAGAAAUUCCUCGAAGGUGACCAAAGUGCUGUACUCCGACAGUCAGUCGGCCCUUUCGGUUUGUCGGUGCGCGGCGGGCUCGUGGAGAACCAGACAUUUGCGUAUCCGAGGAAGCAUGGUGAGGGAGCUGCUGGACCAGAACGACUGGCUCUCCUACCACGUGGACGGCGUCACGAUGACUGCCGACAUUGGGACCAAGUCUUUGGCAGCUGAUCGGUUCAACAUGCUGGCCGACAGGAUGCGAAUGAAGCACGGAACCCCAAAGACCUUGGACCCUCAGUUUGUCCAGCGUCUACUGCUAAUCCUUUGCGUCGCAUCUUUGGUGGAUCAGGUUGAGGCGGCGGACGAGGAAGAGGUGGAUUUCGUCUACUACGGCAUGAUGGCUGGAGCCCUGAUUGUGAUCCUGACGGUGUACGAGUUCGUGAAGUGGGUUGCUUCGGAGUUUGGGAGUUCGUUGGCUCCGGAGCAUGGGUCAUCCCGAGGCUUCAUCCACCUCGAGUUCGAGGGGAAGGACAGCGACUUCUACGUCCACCUCCUCCACCGAGGCAAGCCCGGAGAGAGAGAGGAGCACCCGACGGACCGACCGGCCGACGAUGGAGCCUACAGCUUUGUGCAGCCUACCGGUGAUCGUGACCGAUGGGAGCUGGACUAUGACCGAGGAGUUGCAAUUCGCUGGCAUGCCAAGCCGCGACAGCAGCUUUUUGUACCAGGUCAUUGCACCGGAGGACCUGAACUUAGCCGUUUGACCGGCGAGCGCACCACCUACGCGAAGUUUGCCAAUGGAAAUGUCCGAGUGGCCUCGGACAACUACUUGCAGGCCAAGAAGCCUGCCCAGAUUCUUGGAGAUCGGGAAUGGAAAGGUUACUGGGGCAAUUUUCCAGAUGAAUCUGCAACGCUUCGUGGUGCGACCCUGGCAUUCAAGCAAUCUGCGAAUUCCCACAGACUGAGAUUGGAGUACACUGGGCAUUCGAUUCAAACGAUAACACCUGGCAUGCUGCACGAUUCCACAACCGAUGCCGGGGACUUUCCGGUUCUCACCUUGAAGGCUUGGAAUAGUCGGAUCUGGUUGGCAUAUAUGGACCAUUGCAUCGAAAAACAACUGUGGAAAAAUCAUGCUGCUGGCGUUCAAGAUCGCGAGAUGGUGCUGGCGGGGGCUGCAACGAGAAACUUGGUGCUGUGGUUCUGUGAACAGGAGGCAGCGGAUCGAUUUUACCUUACAGAGUCGCAAGCUGCAACGAUCCAUCGACAUGCCUGCGAAUACCUGAAGUAUGCGCAAGCCCUGGCGAAGCACGCCAGCGGUGCUGUUGUGCUACAAUGGAAGAUCCUGCCGAAACACCACGCAUUUGACCAUUUGGCGGAAAACGUGCUGAUUGAUCGCUGGAACCCUAGAGGGUUCCAUGCAUUCAUGGACGAAGACCUGGUGCUUCAGUGGAAACGAUUAGCAUUGCAGAUGCCAUCGACAGCGAUGGAAGAGAGGCGAUUGAUUCGAUACUUGAUCAGAUUGAGCCUGAAGCGACUUUGA